GAAAGCGGAAGUGAGUUUCCGUCGCUGCUGCAUCGUCGACCUUGGAUAUCUCAGCAUGGCAGGGCAGGCGUGGAGGUCAGCGAUUGUUAAUCUACUAAGAAAAUUGGGUUUAUCCAUCAAUGGCGAGAACAUAAUCAAACCAGAGAAAGUGCCACGGUUAGUUGGUGCUUUGAAGAAUGAGGCCGCACAAUCCAAGAACUUCAUCCGUGGGAUGAAAACUGUUACUUUAAUUCCCGGUGAUGGAAUUGGACCAGAGAUUUCAACCGCUGUUAUGAAGAUAUUUGAAGCUGCUAAAGCACCCAUACAAUGGGAAGAGAGAAAUGUUACAGCCAUUAAAGGACCUGGUGGCAAGUGGAUGAUUCCUUUGGAUGCCAAAGAAUCAAUGGAUAAGAAUAAAAUUGGCCUUAAAGGUCCUUUAAAGACACCAAUAGCUGCUGGCCAUCCCUCCAUGAACCUGCUGCUGAGGAAGACCUUUGACCUUUAUGCUAAUGUACGCCCCUGUGUCUCCAUUGAGGGCUACAAAACCCCGUACACUGAUGUGAACCUGGUUACCAUCAGGGAAAACACAGAGGGAGAAUACAGCGGGAUUGAACAUGUCAUAGUUGAUGGAGUUGUGCAGAGUAUUAAGCUCAUUACAGAGCAAGCCAGCGAACGGAUUGCAGAAUACGCUUUUGAGUACGCAAGAAAUAAUCAAAGAGCCAGCGUUACUGCUGUUCACAAGGCAAAUAUCAUGCGCAUGUCAGAUGGACUUUUUCUACGAAAAUGCAGAGAGGCCGCUGAAAAGCACAAAGCUGUGAAAUUCACUGAGAUGUACCUGGAUACUGUGUGCCUUAAUAUGGUACAGGACCCCACGCAGUUUGAUGUUCUGGUGAUGCCAAAUUUGUACGGAGACAUCUUAAGUGAUCUCUGUGCUGGAUUAAUUGGAGGAUUGGGAGUGACCCCGAGUGGAAAUAUUGGAGCCAAUGGUGUGGCCAUAUUUGAGUCGGUUCAUGGAACUGCUCCGGAUAUAGCAGGGAAAGACAUGGCCAACCCCACUGCGCUGCUGCUGAGUGCAGUCAUGAUGCUGCGACACAUGGGCCUUCACGGUCAUGCCAAAAACAUCGAAACGGCUUGUUUUGAUACCAUUCGAGACAAAAAGGUUCUAACCGGGGAUCUGGGAGGAACCUCAAAAUGCUCUGAAUUCACAGAAGCAAUAAGUCAAAGAGUGCGAGACAUGGACUAGAAAGAGCUAGUGAGCCCAGGAGAUGCUUGUUAAAGUUUAGGGGCCAGUUCAUUGUGUCUUCUUGUCUUCUCUCUUAAUUUAUUCAAAAUGUAUUUUAAAAAAGUCUAUUGAAAAAUGUUUAUCUUCUCUACUCCAAAGGACCGGACUUAAAGUUACUGAAUAUGAUAUGCACUCCGUUUGAGGUACUCUUAACUGUAAUCUGUGGUGAUUAUUGUGUUUAUUGGCUGAAUUUAAACUUUGAUAGAUUUGACACUGUUACUUAAAAGCACUGUGCAGCUUUUUGCUUGAUACAGAUUAUUUUAUCUCCAUUUCAAAAGUCUUAAGUUAUGUUUGUUGAUAUGUGUCACAUUUAUGUGCUUAAAGUAUACUGAUUAAAACAUAAUUGGGUUUCUGCGGCACAAAUUGUGACAUUUUGCACUUAGUUUUCUUUUCUUUUUGUGACAUUUGUUUCUGCAGAUGUCACGGAUGUAUAAUGUAAAAAAUGCCAUCAGAAUUUGUUUCAUUUAUACUAUUUUGCAAAUGGUUUUGUGUGUUAGGCUAUUAUUUGUUAUUGUCAAGUUACAUGUGGCAUGUUUUAUCCAGUGUUUUCAAAACAAACUGAAUACCAUCAUGUACAGAAACGUAAAAGUCUAGCCUGCACUAGUGAAACAUAUGUCCAUCCGGUCAUCCAUUUACGUGCUAAACCCCCUUCAUCCAGGGGGAAAGAUGCAUUUGCCGAUCCAUUCCAUGGUUAAACAGAGACACGUCCAACUAAUUGGCACACGUUUCUGGACUGUCAGAGGAAGCUGGAGUACCAGAAUAAAAUACACACAGGAAGGAGGAGAACAUAGCUUCAAGUAUAUUACUUCAAUAUAUGAAAAGAUAAAAGUUUUAAAUCAUGAAUAUUGUAAUGCGGCACAGUAUUCACUAUGUAAAAAAAAAAAGAAAAUGGCCCAGUCAUAUCUCUUGCUUCCUUCGUAUAAGAUGCAGGCAAAAGACACUUCAUAAAGGCCUCUAUGACCUUGUACAUAUACAAGACAACAGAGUUGACCUAAAGGGAGAAGUAGUACAAUGAACUACAGUAUCAAUAUAAUAAAGAUAUGUUUGAAACAUC